AUCUACUUGUAGCAUCGUUAUUAACCUCUUAGCUCACGUAGUAGAUCGUUUCUAAUGUUCGUCUUUAAUAAUCUUACGAAGGUUACCAAAAGAUAAAGUUUCUGCUUUGGAUCUUCGCCACCGUGUUUAGAUCUCGUUUAUAUCUAAAAUCUAUAUAUGUACACAUAUAUAACAGUUGUACUCAAUCUGUGGAUCCCGUAGUGAGAAUUGUUUGAAAGAAUGUCAUCAACAAUGGCGGAAAUAUCUUCUAACAAUAGUGCGGAUGAAUGUCCACCAACGAAAAAAGCUAAAAUACAAAUAGAAAAUACAUCCAAAAAUGUCAAUAGUAUACAUGAAACAGAAUUCUGCUCAUCUAUAUUCAAUAUAAAAAGGAUAUUACAAAAUAAUUGCAUGAGAAAACAAAUAUGUAUAGAAGGUGUUUUCAAAGGAUUUGAAGAUUCUGCUGUUAUCAUAUUAGAAAAACAAAAUUUUUCGGACGAUGAACAAUCAAUGACAGAAUUAUUUAAUAAAGACACAGUUUUUCAUAAACUUUAUAAUAAUGAUAUAUAUGGAAAUUAUGAGUGUUUUCCACUUAAAAAAUUUAAUGGUAUAAAUGCAACAAUAAUACAUCCUGCAACAGAAAAACAUAUCGAAAAAUUUCAAAGGAAAGAACUUCAUAUUAUAGAUGAAACUUAUGAACUUUAUCAAAAAAUUACUCUUCCAUAUAUAGAAUCAACUAGUUUUUCUAUAGAGUGGAUAUAUAAUAUUUUGGAACAUAAAGCAGAACAAGAUAAAAUUGUAUAUGAGGAUAAAGAUGAAAAAACUGGAUUUAUAAUAGUAAAUGAUUUGAAAUGGGAUGGACAACCAAAUACACUAAAAUUAAUAGCACUUCCAUUUCAAAAGAUUCGAUCUAUUAGAGAAUUAAAUGCAUUUCAUCUUCCUCUAUUAAAAAAUAUAAGAGAAACUGGAACUGCUGUAAUUGCUAAAAAGUUUAAUAUAUCUGCUUCUCAACUUAGAAUAUAUUUACAUUACCAACCAUCCUAUUAUUAUCUCCAUGUUCAUUUUGCAUAUCUUAUGUUUGAAACUCCAGGUAUAUAUGUGGAAAAAGCACAUCUUCUUUCUACUGUUAUAAGAAAUAUUGAAUUAAUGUCAGAUUAUUAUAUGAAAGCUAUACUUUCAUAUGUUGUUGCUGAACAAGAUCCUUUGUAUAUUAAAUUUUUGGAAGAAGGAAUUAUAAAUGAAGUAAAAUCUAAAAAUACAGAAGAUUAAAAAA